AUGUUUGUCUAUUUACAGUUUACUGACAGAGGCACCAUAUAUCAAUGCGAAUGCUCACAAUGUUGGAAUACGGUAGCAGCAACGGAAUCACUUGAUUGGAUUACUGUAUCUUUGAUGGAAUGUCCGUUGCGAUUCAAUGAUACGAUACUCCGGAAACGGAUCGCUAAUUGGAUCAAUGAAGAAUGUGGUGCAUCGCUAAAUUGUGGAUUGAAAAGUCAACUUGGAAUGGAUCAAGUUGUUAUUGGGCAUUAUGAAUGCGACCACGAUAGGAAUGAGCUUCGAUUAGUUGCUAUUUUAAAUGAAUCAAUGGGAUUGCAUCAAAGUAAUGUACUUCCUGCUCAUUUGCUCGGCUUAGUCCUGCAAUCACGAGAACACCUGUUAUCAUUUUUGCUUCACUCAGAAAUUCUUGCAGCAACAGUACAUCGACGAUUGAAAGGGACACCCCUCUCCGAAGCCGUGACAAGCAGCACAGCGCUGCUGGCGGCAGUUGUGCUGGCAGCUUUCCUGUUUUUGAUUCUACUGCUAGUGUACUUCUCACAAAUCUACGUCAACUGGGCACGGAUAGUAAAAGGAGAAUGGCAUCACAAGGAAUACCGAAAAGUACCACGUGUACAAUACAGUUCAGACAAAAUCAUAGUGAAUGGACAAAUACGCACAAGGAUGAUUUGA